AUGAAAAAAGGCAAACUCCUUGCGCUAUCCCAGGGUGGCGAACCCGCCAGGCAAAGGCGGAACUACCUCUUCGUCCUUGCCGUGAGGCGGAGGUACGAGCACAUGAGGACGGUUCUUAAGGAAAGUCAAACAUUGCAGGAAGAUGCCUACACAGAGGAAUCUCAACACAGUGAAGAGCAAAAAAUAAGUGAACCGAUUAAACAGAGGGAUAAUCAAACGCGUAACAAAGAACGAGAAAAUAUUCUAAAGUAUUACGAUGAUAAUAAAAAUGUGAUAAAGACAACGAACUACAUCUUGAGGGAGCACUUAAGUCGUUUCAUUUACAUAAACCAGAGGAACUCUUUCUAUAACUACUUUUACAACGCAUUCCCAUCUGUCCUGAAUAAUUAUUUGAGGCGCGUUAAAAGGGGAAGAGAGAAAGAGGGUGAUCAUGCUAAUGGGGCUGGAACCGAUAAUCACAACGCAUCCAUGUUGUCCACUUCCCCAAGGAAUACUCUUCCCCCAAGCAGUAAUGAAGAAAGUAAGCGGUCCUUAAGUAUUCUGCACUACUACAACACACACACGAUGCACGAAAUGGAGAAUGAUAAUUUUAUCGACUUAAUUAGCCAAAAGGUAAACUGCCUUAGCAAUGCAGGAGAAUUGUUAAGGAGCAUCCAUGACAACGUGCAAUGGGGAAGCAUAAGGAUGAACAGCACUAACCUGAACAAACUGGAGGAGAUCUUCGAAAACAUAAUGGAGCGCACAAAUGAUACAAACGAUAUAAAUAAGAAGGUAGAAAUUUUGCUCUACUUAUCCAACGUGUGUAAUGAGAAUUCCUUUCCAAAAAUUCACGAGGGGAUUAAAAAACGAAUACAAGAAAUUUAUGAACAUAUAAAAAAAAAAAAUAAAAAAGGGGUCGACGAAUUGUACAUUUUAUUCCUUCUAUAUAAACAAUUCCUCUCUUCGAAAAAUGAAAAAUAUUCAAAAAUGAACGUUGAAACUUACCUAUCUGAAGAAAUUCCCUUCUACAAUUAUUUAAAAAAUGAAAAUAUAAAUAUGUGUCUCUUAAGUUUAAUAUAUCGAGAUUUGUCUUUUCUCAAAAAUGACCAAGUCAAGUACGUCCUCAUGAAUUUAGCUUUUUCCAAAAUGAAAGAUUCGUUUUUUUUCUCCAAAGCGGGUGAAAUCGCCGACAGUAGGAACAAUGGUGGGAGUAAAAAUGGAAGUAUCCCCGAUCCAUCCAGGGGAAAUGCACAUACCAACUUGGUAUUAACAUUUUUUACCAACACCCUUUUGCGAAACAACUUCCUCCAUUUCCUCCAGAAUGAUUACAUAAGCUCAGCACACAGCACCGUGAACUACACAACUAGGAUAAACCCAACCAAUGUGAACAAUUACAUUUUUUACAAUUUGCUUAUUUCAAUUGUUCAGCUGAAAGAGUCACAAGCCAAAUGCCGCGAUGCCAUAAUGAAAAAAAAAAUGCAACUCUUCCUGUGCAUUGAGAAAAACAACACUACAGUAAACGAAUUGUGGGAGAUGAGAAAUUAUGCUAACCACGUGAACGAUUUUAUCCUGAAUAAUGUACUUUUCUUUACCUCUCAUUUUGUAAAACAUAAAAUAAAUUUCUCACCUAACAUGUACUUGUACAUUCUGAACGUGUACAGUGACCUCUUCGAUAUGAUGAAAGGGUUGGAGCUAUACACGGGGAUUAAAAAAAAAAAAAAUCUACUUAGUGAUUGUAAACAAAUUGUAAAUUAUGUAAUUAACGAAAUAUAUAAACAGAUAAAUUUAUAUACUCUCAAAGAAUUCGUUGCUCUGUGUGCCAUGAUUGAUAAGCUUCCUGCAAAUUUCACCUUCGAGCUGAAGAACGAUGCUGAUCAUUUGCGCCUUAAGGUGAGGAAUUCUUUCUACAAAAAUGACCAGGGGGGAAAAGAUGAAACGGUCAUGGAGAACGAAGCAGACGCACACCUACGCCGUAUUUUAUAUGUCUCUCAUAACCAAGAGAGUAAGAAAAUCACUGAAGUCGUCGCAGGAGCAGGAAUAACUGCAGCGGGUAGGGGACCCAUUUUGGAGCAAAAGUAUGGGACAACUCUUAACAAGCAACAAAUAAAAGAACACUGUCAUGAGAAAGAUCCACAAAAUUCUGUCGACCUUUCCUUUGCAGCUACCCUUUCAAAUGGUGCGCCUCAGUUAAGCAACCUAACCGAGGAACCCCUCACAAACAGACACGUUACCACCAAAACGAAGAAAAAGUCGACCAUAAUAAAUAAACACGACUUCACCAUUUUGAUAGCCCUUUCCCUUUUCAAUGAAAUUAAUGACGAGUUUAUUGUCCAGAUAAGACAGAAAGAGAAGAUCCCUCCGGUCAAUGGAUUUACCAAAAAUUCGGAUGAUGCAAUAUUCGAGCAUAUUUACAAGAAUCAUUAUGAAUCUUUCGUGCGUAACUCUGAUAUGUACUUAAACCAUGUAGAACAAAAUUACGAUUCGGACACAGCAGAACAGAUGCUAAACUAUUUUAUUCUAUUCACACAGAUGAGUCAGUUGGAUGUAUCAGAUCUGUGUGUCCUCAUAAACACCAUGAAGGAGAUUAACAAAUUGCAACCAUUCAUUGACUUUUUCAUUGCUAAGCGUGUUGAAGAAAUGUUGAGGGAGAGAGGCAUUGGAAGGAGGGAAGAGAGUACUAGCGGUCUGGAGUUAGAAAACAAGGGUACGAAUUACCAAUUUACAGAUUCCUACUUGGAUGAUUACAUAUGUAGAAUUAGCAACAGAGGGAAAGAACACCAUGAAGAACACCAUGAAGGGGCAGUGGCAUCUGUCCAAAGGGAUAAUGAAUGCAUCACCCAAUGGGAGGAACUACCAAACAUAUUCCACACCUCAGAAAGAAAGAACCAUUUUGACGACAUGAACCUUAACACACAUUCUUUAUAUGCCUCCGGCUUUGAAAAAUAUUACCACAGCUAUGAUAUCUGUAGUAGUGUAGUUAAUCUCUUCCUUUUGGUAGAUUCCACGAGCCGCACAUAUCGCACCAUUUCCAAGUUCCUCCCACAUGUCAAUCUGAACCAGGUAGACAUUUUUAAAAUUCAUUUGGACCACCUUUUUGUAAAGGGGAGAAGCGAAAAGGCGCAAGAAACCCUUGCAUUUUCUGUGACCCCACAAACGGGGAGAAAAAACUGGAUGGGAUAUUCAGAGCAGGAAGAAUCCCUAAUCCAAAAUUUCACCUUCGCUAUUGAUAGUGAUACUAUUUCCAGUAGUAGCAACCCCUUCGUUGAAGAAGCAGUUAAUGGUGGUGUCGAAUGGGGAAAAAGCAAUUUAACACAUCACGGUCAAACCCCACUGGAACACGAUAUCAUUUACAAGAUAGUAGAGGCCAGACUAAAGUACAACAUUGAAGUGAAAAAUUAUCUAUCCAAAAGAGAAGACGAAAAUAGUGAAGAAAUAAAAAACUUCCUAGAGAACGAACUUCUGCCAUUAAAUAAAAUUGCAAAUAUGCUCAAUUCUAUUAGCUCCAUAAAUGACGAUGAAAAAUACACAAACCUGGUGACCAUUGCGUUAAAAGAUAUCUUUCUGAGAAAACACGAAAUUGUCGAUAUCAAAACGUUCCGCGCCAUAGGAAGAAUUCUCACCAAUAUCAGAAAUGUCUACAAAAAUAUUUUUUUCCCUUGUGAGUAUUCCUACUUAAAUAUGCUCACAAAAAAUUAUGUACAAGUCAUGCAAAAUUUCUUCCACUUUUUCCAUCCCUUGGAUUAUUUCCAAGCUCUUCAAAUAUUUACAAAAUAUAAUUUGGCGAAAAAAUAUUUAAAACAUUUGAUAUGCCUCAAUGAUGAACUGAACAAAGUGAACAUAAAAAAUGUGAAUGUCCAUCUCGUUCACCUUGUUCUCUACUUUUACAGAAAAUUAAAUUAUGUAAAUGAAAAAUUUAUUUCCAAUAUUCUGCACAAGUACGCUUACACCAUCCUGCAACAAAUGAACACCCUCAACGUCCACGCGGUUGAAAAUUUGAUUAAAACAAACGAUUUUCUGCUUUCCCUCUGCAUCAGAAAUAAAGAUAUUAUACAGUUAAAUUAUCUCAUUUUACAACGCUAUGGCAAUUUUUCUCGUCAAUUUAAAAUUGAAGAAGACAAGGAUGAUGUGGAUGAACGCGGGGUUAUAACUUCGCUCAGUGAACAAGACAGUGUUGCACAGUUCGCAGAAGGAGAAUCACAAAAAGUGGAUACAUCUUCCUCCAAACAGUUCUGUUUGAAUGAAGAGGGUACGAGUACACACACAAAUUGGCGAACUGGGCAAACUCCUUUUACCAGACCAAGUGCGCAUUCAAAAGGGGAAGUGCUUAUACAAAGCGCUUCAACACUUGAUUUCAUAUCCCAUGAUCAGCAUAACUCUAUUCCUAAUUUACACCAAUCGGAGGAUAACGGAAGAUUACUUCGACAGGGAAAUCAAACCAGUCAGGGGAUAUAUACCCAUGGAACACCCCCAAUCGGUCACUCUCCACAUAUCCCCUACACAGCCGAACAGAAGAACGCAAAAGACAUGACCACUAAUACUCUUGUUACACACACUUGUCAUCUUUCCAUAACACAUAAGAUAAAAAUUAUUUACUUCUUAUGCAAAUUUCACCAUUACAAUGAUCUAGUAAAAUCUUACUACAUACAGCUAAUAAGUGAGUGUCUGCAGAAUACAAGCACUGUUCUUAAUGAAGAAGAUUACUGCAAACUGUACGAAAUAUAUGUUCACGUAAUUUUGAACUUUUAUUUUCUCUCCUUCAAUAAGAGUAACAAGUAUAUCAAUUUUGUGUUAAAUAAUUUGCCCUGCUAUUAUUGGUACAAGAGGGAGGAAGAAAAACUAAACUUGUUCGUCUCCUCCAAGGAAUACAACGACAUUCAACAUAUUUUAAAAUUGCUGAAUAUGGAUUUCCUUGCCCCGACGUUGACAGAAAUAUAUUUUAUUCACUUUUUUAACGAUGUGAAAAAAAACAACCACGCUCUCCCUAUCCCAGAAAAUCUCCUCCACUUGUACAAGAAGUACAAUCUCCUUAUCGACGACGUCCAAAAUAAAAGUGUUUCAAUUUUGUGUGUCCCGGAGGAGCAUGUCCUUCGCGACGAACAUGGUAACAACAAAAACCUGAUAAACGACAGUCACUACGUUUACGAAAAUAUAAAAAAAACGUACCCCACUUCUUUGAUAUUUUUGAGCGAGUGGAAGACCCUAAAUGUGGAGGAAAAAUGUGACUACGUCUUGCGUGCGAUCCAUACUUCUCUGAACGUCUGA